AUGGCGACGGUCAUAUCACUGUUGGCCAACAGUCCCUUCGAUCAGCAGCAUAGCCAUCACCAUCAUCCGCCACAGCUACUAUUUCCACCGUACGGACAGGGACCGGACACGUUUCAGCAACGGUACAGCGGAACCGGCGGCGGUGUCGGCCACCGUAACCGUAACGAAGUAACGCACCACCAGCAGCAGCUGGACGCGCUAGACUUUCAUCUGUUGAGCCGCACGCUCGAGGAAGAGUUCGAACAAAUGGAAUACUCCGGAAGUUCCGGUCCCUACCAGUACCAACAGCAGCACGAUCAGCAGCAGCCACAGCAGCAACCGGGACGGCGUCAGGGACAGCAAGAUUUCGAACAGAUUUCUCCCGGCUACAACCUGGACAACGAGGACACGUACAGCGAGUCGCCGAACAACUUCCAGGACUACCAGAACAACUUUGUCGAUUCGCCACCGGAUUCGAAGGAACCGUGGCCGAUCGACUACAACAAGAUGCACACCACGAUCGCUUCGAGCAGUGGUGCCAACGACACGACGAACGCAUCGACGACCGUAACGGCGGUCGCCGUCGGUACAGUGGCUGGGGCUGUUGCUGCAGUAACAUCACAGCAGCAGCAACCACAGCAACAGGACAAUGCCGGUAUGUACAUGAGCAACGCCAUACUACCCAGCCGGAAGCGGCGCAUGGAAUGGAUGUCACCCCAGGAGGAGGACACCGAUGGCACCGAGACGAAGAUCGCCAACAUCGAUAAGGAGCGUGACGCACGUCGCAAGGGAAGCAUGCGAUGGGCAGAUGAUCUGGAUUUGGACCUCAGCAACGAGUUGUCCAGUAACGGAUAUAUUAGUGACUCGUUGUUGAACUUCCCAGUGUUCAAACAAGAACUACCUUCACCUCCUCAAAAGCCUCCACAACCUCAGCAACAGCACUCACAGUCUGCCCAUCAACAGCAGCAGCAUCAACUCCAUCAACAGCAGCAGCAAGCGUUACAUCAGCAAGCAGCAAGCUCUCAGGAUCAUGCACAGCAAACGCAACAUCACGCACCUUCCAGCUUGCAACAAUCAUUAGGUGGUGGUAUAAAUACCACCAAUGGUGGAAAUGCUGCAAACAGCCAUCAACAGCAACAGGUGGUCCAGUACCAUCAGCAGCAGCAGGGCCAAAGUUCUAUGAACGGUGGCGGUCCGAGUUUGAUGAGCAAUACCGACCAUCACGGCACGCCCAUCAGUGCCGGUUUGAGCAAUCUUCAGAGCUUUCUGCAAGGCAACCGAUUGGAAAAUGAUCCUACUGGUGGAGGCAUUUUGCAGAUGCAGCAGGACGGCGCGCUGCCAGUAACACGCGGUGACAAAACACACGAUGACCACAAUCGGUUCCAGUACGUGCUAGCUGCCGCGACCUCGAUAGCGACGAAAAACAACGAAGAAUCUCUCACCUACCUUAACCAGGGCCAGAGCUAUGAGAUCAAGCUGAAGAAGCUUGGCGAUCUGUCCCCAUUCCGGGGUAAGAUUCUGAAGAGUAUUAUCAAGAUAUGCUUCCACGAGCGUCGGCUACAGUACAUGGAGCGGGAACAGAUGCAGCUGUGGCAAGCGUCCCGGCCCGGGGAACGUAUUUUGGAUGUCGACAUUCCUCUUUCGUAUGGAUUGAUGCAGGUGCAGCCUACCAGUAGCAACUUGCUGAACACGAUCGAGGUGUUUUGGGACCCGAUGAAGGAGGUCGGUGUGUACGUGAAAGUGAACUGCAUUUCAACGGAAUUCACCCCCAAAAAGCACGGCGGCGAGAAGGGUGUCCCGUUCCGGAUUCAGGUAGAAACGUACAUCGAUACCAAUGGGAUUCAUAAUGGCACUAGCAAUGGAGUUGCUGGUGGUGUAGACGACAAAGACGGUAUUAGACCACUCCAUGCGGCGGCUUGUCAGAUAAAGGUGUUCAAAUUGAAAGGAGCCGAUCGAAAACACAAACAGGAUCGCGAGAAAAUACUCAAGCGUCCGGUUGCGGAGCAGGAGAAAUACCAGCGCAGCUGUGACUGUACGAUACUGACGGAUAUUACGACCGAUUCAGUCAUUACGCCGCUCGGUGGCAAUUUCAGUCCCGAUCACAUUAAGCGUAACGUGUCGCCGCUAUUGACCGGCCCAACAUCACCGGGUCAGUUGAACAAGUUCGAAAACAUUAUGUCAAGUGUGCUGUGCAACGGCGGGAACGUUGUUAGCCCCGGGGCAAACCCUACGACGACGACAACUACGACGGCAGCGGCCGCAAUGGUCGUUGCAGCAGCGGCAGCCGCCGCCGCCGGUGUACAAAGCAAUCCGAUUGGGAUUAGUAACGUUAGCUCAACGAACGGGCUUUGCAAAGCAUCCCCAUUGGGCGAUCAGCCGAUGAGUGGUGUGCUUUCCCCUCAGCAACCGAGCGAACUGGACGAUUACGUGCCGACUAUUACGAAGGAAACAAGCCCGGGGACAUUGGCCCAAUGGUUGGCCGUUCACCGGUUGUCUGCGUACGCGAAAACGUUCGCACAGUUUUCCGGUUCGGAUCUUUUAAGAAUGUCUAAGGAGGAUCUGUGCAAAAUUUGUGGACUAGCUGAUGGUAUACGAAUGUUUAACAUUCUCCAUUCGAAAGCCAUAACGCCACGUUUGACCAUCUACGUAAGCUUCCAAACUAACAUCUACCAUGCCAUCUAUCUGCAUUCGAACACCAUCCCGGAGUUGGUGCAGAAUUUGUCAAAAAUUCCCGGCUUUCUAGAAGCAAUCAAUGCCCUCAACACGCCCAACUCUACCACGUCCGAUGCGGGACUGUGGAGUGGAGCGUUUGGGACACGUUCUAGCGGGAAUGGGAAGCUUACCGGUACCAAUGGUACCACUUCCGGCGUACAGCUUUCCGUACCGUCGCCUUCGUCGCCAAUAUCGUCCUCGUCGGGCAUUGCCAAGUUGCAGCUGCUUCUUAAAGGCCCAAACGGUAUACAGGUGCUGCUGACAGAGGAUGUGCUGAACAAUAUUAAGGACGAGACACUGUUUCAGCUCGAGCUGAAAUCAAACGGGAACAUACUGAUGAAAGCCGUUCACAGUGUCACGGGGACUGCGGCAGAUUGUUCGAUCGAUGACGAUGCGAACUAA